GGAACGCCGCUUCAAAAUUAACGGAAACGAAACCCUUAAACUAGUCUGAGCGACCAGCCAGGAGUCCCAUUGAGAGCAGGACACACGGGAUACGGGACACAGGACACAAUGGAGCUCUGGCAUAAGUUGCGGGUGCACGUGAACGACUUCUUCUUCGUGAACUACCCGUACAUAGCGCUCUACAGCGGAGUGGGCGUGGCAGUGACCGCCUACCUGCACUACCAGUGGCGGAUGCACCACUACGACCUGAUGACCUGGAAGAGCCUGGCGGAGGCCUUCUCGCAGGACAUCGACUGCUUCCAGCUGGCGAUCCUGCUGCUGAUAUUCGCGAUCAACGCCGUCUUCGCGUUCAUCAUCCUGAGUGUCUACCUCCGACCGGUUCUCGACACCGGUGGGGAGAUGUCCUUGCUGGAGAUCAAGGAUCGGUACGCGCGGUUCAUCCUGCUGCGCCUGAUCGCCCGGCUGGAUCGCAUCCAGUCGAAGAUAUCGGCCAAGAGGAAGAGCCUCACGUUCCAGCAUUAUGCGAGGGCCCACAACCAGAUGGCCAAGGCGGUGGCCCUGUUCCGCAAGGAUGCCCGCAAGCUGAUCCUGCCGAACGAGUCCGAGAUCCUGAUGCCCAUCGAGGACAUCUACGGCGUGGCCGAGGACGAGGAGCGCCUCCUGCGGCGAUCCGGCUACUACAAGCUGAUCAUCGACACCACCGACGAGACGGUCAAGUCCUUGUUCAACGCCAAGUGAUCAGCCGAUCCUGUUCCGAUUCAAACUUUGAGUAAACUGCAGGCAGCCACUAAUUGCCUUUAUCUAUCUGCUGCUGCCUCCCCGAAA